GUUCUACAAGCGUUGGAUGGAAGGUGCCGUUGCGAAACUUCAUACCUUACUUAGCAUAUGUUUUCCAAGUACUGUAGUUUUGUACAUAGGUGCCUGGUAUCAUGGCGACCAGACGGGCUCUGAAGGCAGUGCUGAUUGACCUGAGUGGAACCCUCCAUGUAGAAGACACAGCCGUGCCUGGAGCACAGGAAGCCCUCAKAAGGUUGCGUCAGUCCUCUGUAGCGGUAAAGUUUGUGACCAACACCACUAAGGAGUGUAAGAGGAACCUUGUGGAGCGUCUCCACAGUCUGAACUUUGACAUCCAGGAGCAGGAGAUCUUCACGUCCCUGACAGCAGCCAGGAGCCUCGUGGAGCAGAGACAACUACGCCCCCUACUGCUGGUGGAGGACAGUGCACUGGAGGACUUCUCAGGUKUGGAGACAUCCGAACCCAACGCUGUGGUGAUAGGCUUAGCUCCAGACCACUUCAACUACCAGACGCUCAACAAAGCAUUCAGGCUGGUUCUAGACGGGGCCCCCCUCAUCGCCAUCCAUAAGGCCAGGUAUUAUAAGAGGAAGGAUGGUCUGGCGUUGGGCCCCGGACCCUUUGUGACAGCGUUAGAGUACGCUACAGACUGUCAGGCCACCGUUGUGGGGAAGCCUGAGGGGACAUUCUUCCUGGAGGCUCUGAGGGACAUUGGCUGUUGUCCUGAAGAGGCCAUCAUGAUCGGAGACGACGCCAGAGAUGACGUGGGAGGGGCUCAAAACAUUGGCAUGCUGGGAAUUGUAGUCAGAACCGGUAAAUACAGAGUGGGAGAUGAGGGUAAAAUUAACCCUCCACCAUACCUGACCUGUGACAGCUUCACUCAAGCUGUGGACCACAUCCUCCAACACAUCCUUUAACUAUGGCUCUCUCAUCACUAUUAGAUCAUUUAGACAUGGGUAUAUCUCAUCAUGUUGCAGUCCCACACCAGACUGUAACGCCUCCUCUAGUCCCACACCAGACUGUAACGCCUCCUCUAGUCCCACACCAGACUGUAACGCCUCCUCUAGUCCGCACCCCAGACUGUAACGCCU